CAAACAUGGCUCUUAUCGAACUCAUUUUGUGGAUAGCUCUGUCCCUAGGCAGCGCCACGGCACGUCACAAUUCACGUCAGCCCACUGGCCACGCUCCCACUCGCAUUGUGGGCGGCUCCAAUGUGCCACAGGGUGAGUAUGUGCCCUACCAAGUGUCGCUGCAGUACCAAACGGGAGAGGGACAGGCGCACUUCUGCGGCGGCUCAAUCAUAGCUCCCGAUCGCAUACUCACAGCGGCUCACUGCUGCGAUGGUAUGAAUGUAACGCGCAUGUCCAUCGUCGCGGGCAUACGCAAUCUGGAUGAAAAGGGCGGCUCGCGCUCUCGGGUGGUGUCCUUCGUCAUACAUCCCGCAUACAAGGCGCUGAAGACAAGCGAUAUUGCAGUGCUAACGAUCGACCCGCCGCUGGUCUACAACAAUGUCAGCGUGGCGCCCAUUGAGUUUUCCUCGGAUGAGUUUGUGGGCAGCGGAGUCCCUGUGACCCUAACCGGAUGGGGUUUGCGUUUCCCCGCUCCCUUUCCCUUUCUGGACAACUUAAACUUCCCGAAUACACUGCAGCGCAUGAGCUACAGAACGAUCACGAAUCGGGAGUGUCAACAACGUGGCAUGGAAUAUGUGACGGACACGGAGAUAUGUGCUAGAGGCAUCUUCAGGGGCGCCUGCUCGGGCGACUCGGGUGGCCCGCUGGUUCGCAAUGACAACGGAUUGAAGCAGGUCGGAGUCGUGUCCUAUGGCUUGGUCGUCUGCGGUCUCUUCGUUUCGCCCGAUGUCUACACAAGAGUUUCCACCUUCAGGAACUGGAUACAGCAGGGCAUAGAGGCGACCAACUAACUCCAUAACACGAUCACGUCGUCUGA